GGCGGGAGCCACAAAAGAGCGGGAGGCGCCGGCGCCGCCGCUCGCAGCAGCCGCAUCCCGAGGCCAUGUCGCACCCGCCCUGCCCCUGGGGCUACGAGAAGCACAACGGACCUGAUCGUUGGUAUGAAUAUUACCCAAGUGCUAAAGGACACAGUCAAUCGCCUAUUGAAAUCAAUAGCAAAGAAGUCCAUUAUGAUCACUCGCUACUGCCUUGGUUUGCUAGUUAUGAUCCUGGUGCAGCAAAGACCAUUCUGAACAAUGGAAGAACUUGCAAAGUUGUUUUUGAUGACACUUUUGAUAGAUCAGUGCUGAGAGGUGGACCACUCCCAGGAAUCUACAGACUGCGUCAGCUCCACUUCCACUGGGGUUCGUCUGAUGACCAGGGCUCAGAGCAUGUUGUGGAUGGAGUGAAAUAUGCAGGAGAGCUUCAUCUAUUACACUGGAAUCCAAAACAUAGUAAUUAUGCUGAUGCUGUGAGAAGAUAUGAUGGUGUGGCUAUUUUGGCCAUUUUUCUGAAGGUGGGGAAACCUGUCAAACGAGAGAUGAAGAGAAUUCUUGAAGAAAUUGGAGCUAUUAAGUCAAAGGGGAAAGAAGCUCCCUUUCCAAACUUUGAUCCUUCAAUUCUUUUUCCUAAAUCUCGAGACUACUGGACUUACCAUGGCUCCUUCACUACACCUCCUUGUGAAGAGGUCAUCACCUGGAUUAUUCUGAGGGAACCUAUUGUUGUCAGUCCAGACCAGAUGGCAAAGCUCCGUAGCCUUUCCAUGAAUAGUGAAAAUGAACCUUUUCGUCCACUUGUGGAUAACUGGCGCCCUCCUCAGCCUCGGUAUUAUAGGAUGGUGAGCUCCUCAUUCCUGUGAAAUCUUUGCUGAAGUGAAGUGUCUUCAAGGGAUGAAAUUUCUAUAUCCCAAAGCCUAGUAAGCUUUAUGUCCUCUUCAACUCUUACACACAUCUUCAUCCAGAGGUCCUGAGACUGAAUCUCAGCAUAACAAAAUUUGAUGGAUCACUGAAUCUAAUUGUAGAAGGGCAAAGUUUACUCAAGGCAAAUCCUCAAAAUAAAAUGGAAAUAUGGA